AUGAAGCCCCACAAGAGGCUGUGCACCGAGAAGACAAUCGUCAUGGUAUCCUGUCAGGUGAAUUUGUGCCUUUUUCACCAGAAUGCAUUAGUGAUGGAUGAUGCAUAUUCACCACCGGCUACAGCAGUCCCUGGGCCACACGACGCCCACCGAAGCGGUUUAGUCGAAAAGGUACCCGUUAAAGACUCGUCUGAGGAGACUUAG